AACCCUGCCCUAGGGUUAAACCCUAACCCUACACCUUGUCCUAGGGUUAAACCCUAACCCUAAACCCUAGUCUAGGGUUAAACCCGAACCCUAAACCCUAACCCUAAACCCUGCCCUAGGGUUAAACCCUAACCCUGCCCUAGGGUAAACCCUGACCUAGAGUUAAACCCUAACCCUAAACCUUAGCCUAGGGUUAAAUCCUAACCCUAUAAAUCCUAACCCCUUGGUAUGUAUAUAUAUCCUUAUAUUAUUUAAUUAGUAUAAUGAGACAAAGAUGUAUUUCUAUAUCUAAGGGAUUUAGACUAAUCUAGUGUUUCUAUUAUGGGUUAGAUUAGGAUGAUUAUGUUGUACAUACACCUUGUGGGUGAAUGAAUAAGAUGCACAAUUAGGCAUAUGAUGUUUCAAACAAGAUUUACUUCCAAUGAAACUGACGUCUCCCUGUGUGGGGAGAAAUGUUCGUCCUCUAGGCAAGAAAAAUAAAAGUUACUUUUAACUGAUUUUUAUAUAUGAUAGAAGAAAUAUUAAAGUUUACGAUCAUAAAAUAAUUGAGGGUUUUUUAUCUAAUGUUCUAAAAUCUUAUCCGGAGUUCUUAAUUUAAUGUUUUUAAUAUAUGACAUCUCCCCACAUGGGGGAGAAAUGUUUGUCCUCUGGACCCGUGAUGUUAUACUUACAUGCAGAAGUUUCUUUUGUGGUUCAUAUACAUGAGAGAAAAAAAACUCUGAAUGAUGAUUACAUACAAUUUGAAGCAACAUCAAAUGCUUUUGAGCAUGAAGAGAGUAGCUAUCUGGUUAAAGGUAAGUCAUCUGGAUGAGCAGAGGCAUUGGCGUUAAAAGUCAUCUGGAUGAGCAGCAUCGAAACCAUACUUGAUUACUUGAUAAGAACAAAAAACUAAUCAUAACUAAAGACCACAUGUCAUCUGGAAUAUUUUAAUGUCUACGUAAGCAAAUAAAAAACGCUACCUUUGGAAGGACCAUGUGAUAAAAAGCAAAUAUGUAACAGAAUAUAUACAUUUAUAAGAAUCUUCUCAAAAGAUAUGCCAAGUUAAGUUUUAAAAUAAAAUAUGCCAAGUCUUUCUUCCUUUUCUAUUAAAGUGUUCUAAGAAAACACUCAUGCGGUUUCAUAUUGUAUACUUUCUUAUAUAAUCCAAUGUACACAUAUUAAAAAUAAUAAUUUAAAUUAUUUUAUUUAAUUAUAAUUUAUAAUUAGUUUAUUUAAUUAUAAACAUACAUUAGAAUACAAUUAGUCACACAACACAUUUAAAAUUAUUUGGAAUUUUGUAAUCUGAAUGGAAGAAACAUAGUUUUUCAGUUGAAAACGACAUACUAAACAGUAGAUAUUAAAUGUGAUGUUGAUACUGUGGUAAAAUCAGCUCUCUCAUUGCUAAACUCAUCUUCUUCUAAUGGAGUGUAGGCUAUUUAUUUAUGAAAUGAAAUUGUGUGUUUUAUCAAAAAAAAAAGCCAGUAGUAGAUAUACAUCCAUUGAGCAAUAAAAAUGUUGGCUGUGAACCGCACAACGAUAACGUUAUUCGCUUGGUUUUGUUUAUAAUAUCCUUCUCGAAUAAAUUUGUCCCCCAUUCUUUAACAAUAACAGAAAAGCUAUCCACAUUUUUUUUCUUUGACGACACCGAUAUGGAUGUAUCGUCGUGGCUUGUCGAGCAUGAAAGUUGAGAGUUAUUCAUCAAAAAAUUGAUGCUUCUGAGUGAUAUCAUUUGAAAGGGGAAGGACCACGCGUCUUCGAUACCUUAUCUCCCUGCAUGUCUUGGCUUUAGUAUAACGAAACUCGACCCUUUUCCGUAUAUAUAUAUAUAUAUAUAUAUAUAUAGAUGCAUACAUAUAUAUAUAUAUAUAUAUACCAAGCAAGUGCAGUAGUGUGUGUAUAUGCUAUACAAUAAAUUUUGCCUCUAGUUAAUUAGUUCUUUGAUAUCAGAUAAAACGAUCGAAUAGUUUGGAGCGCUCCAACGACUUGAGAUCGGUAGAAAUGGGAGGAGCUGACUGGGGUCCAGUGGCGGUAGCAGUGGUGCUGUUUGUAGUGUUAUCUCCGGGACUUCUCUUUCAGCUGCCGGCGAGGAGACGGGUGUUGGAGUGCGGCAACAUGACCACGAGUGGCAUAUCCAUACUGGUUCAUGCCGUCCUCUUUUUCGCUAUUAUCACCAUUUUGGUCAUCGCCAUUCAAAUUCACAUCCACAUCCACAUCUAGUUUGUUUAUUUCUCAUAUAAUUAUAAAAGGUCUACAAGUUAGGCUGUACAAAUUCCCCUCAUGUGAUUUUGGUGUAAAAUUAUCGGCGGAGAUAUUGCCUACUAUCUAUCAUGUAAUAACAAAUAAAUAAAAAAUAUAUAGUGCAUGAUCAAAUAUUAUUAUGGUCAUCUCAAGAAGAAGAAAAACACCAUAUGUGGAAAGCAUAUGUGGAAAGCAUCGGUGAAUGCUCUCCCAGUGGGAACAAAUCUGAGACGCCGUGGAAUUGAAGUCGACAUCAACUGCACGAGAUGCGGAGCCGUGGAGAUAGAUAUCCAUGUUCUACUCCACUGUCCUAUUUGCCACAAGAGUCUGGAAUAAUCUCCCGAUCUUACAUCCUCCAACGGAUCCCUCUAGAAACGUCUUCUUUGUCACCUCCUUACUAAAUGACUGUCAGCGCACGAUCAACUUGCCACCCACCGGACUAGGAAAGGUCCCGCUGUUCCCUUGGGCCGUAUGGACACUGUGGACCAACAGGAAUAAACUCCUAUUUGAAGACCAAGAAUUCACAGCCGAAGAAACGGUCCUCAAGAUUGUACAAGAUGCUAGAGCUUGGAAAGGAGCUAAUGAUGAAUUGUUACCAACUAAAGUGCCACUCAUUGUGGAACAUGAUAGGUCCAGUAGGAAUAAUGAACACCUGCCUAUUGCCUCUGUUUUUUCAGGUCAUCAAACUUGGCGUGUGGCAUCUGAUGCAACCACUGGAAACUGUGGCCUGGGCAGGCACUUUCAUGACGCUUCCGCGAAACUGGCAGGCGACUUCCUUUCAGAACGCCAACAUAUCCCCUCUACCCUUGUAGCAGAGGCCUUGGCGUUGAAAGCUGCUAUCUCCACAGCAGUUCUUAAAGGCGUACCCUCUCUACAGGUCUUUUCAGACUCGAAGACGCUCAUCACUCUCCUAGUGGCAAAGGAGAACUAUCUGCAAAUCCAAGGAAUAUUGUUUGAUAUCCAUCAGCUAUGUUCUAAGUUUAAUUCUGUUUCUUUUCAUUAUGUACCGCGAGCUAGAAACUCUAAGGCAGACUCUCUGGCCAAAUCGGCUCUUUUCGCUUUGAAAAACUCUCCACUUGUGGAUGAGUAAACUUAUGUCCUGUUGAUUUUAGUAAUGAAAGUUGGUUUGAUCAAAAAAAAAAAACAAAAAAAAAAAGCUGCAACAUCACCACCAAAAGAAGAGAUUAGGGCCACAAUUUGGAGCUAAUUAGAGGGGUGAGUCUAAUGGAGGAGUUAAGUGUUAGUACCAAAACAAUAUGCAUGAAGAAGAAGAAAAAAGGAGAGUCAAGAAGCAAAAUGUUGGAGGCACUGACUUGCCCAAUCGAAAGUUGGUUGGGCCGUAAUAGAAGCCUUUUGGGAUAUUUGGGCUGAGACUCUUCUUUGACAAAGUAACAAAAGCCUUCUUACUCUGACCACCACAAAGACAAGCAAAGGAAGCGUCGUGGUGGUGGUUUAUGGAUAUGCCUGAUAUUCGCGGGCCGUCGGAAUACUAACUAUCAGGAACCAUCUCGUGACCUCUGUCUCAAAGUCAACACAAAGGAAAGCUCUUCUUUGCUUUGUUUCUGAUCUGCUAUGUUAUGUAUUCAUUCGAUUGACAGGAGAGGAGCCCUUCAAUGCGGAGCCUUCUCGCUCUGCCUUAGUGUUUCUUAUGUCACUCUUUUCUACAAGCGAAUCAUGGCCCCGCCCGCUCCCAUUGUUGAUCACAUCGAAAGGUCCUCAUCUUCUUCCAUUUCUUUCAACUUUGCCUCCCUCUCUCAUUCUGGAUCUCGUUUCUUCUAACCAGCUACUCCGUGGCCGUCACCCUAUUCAUCAAAUAUAUCAGAAUUGUUGCCUAGCAACUUAUUUCAAGAAGGGGGAGGAGAAUAUUUAUUAAAAAAAUAAAGAAACCUACGAAGUAAAACUAAAAUACAAGCCAAGAAGGGAAACAGAGGCAUCCGAGGGAGUGGGAAUGGAGAGAAGCCUAUCCCUGAUAGCUCGAUCCACAAGAAGGAAGAAACCUGGUUCUGACAGAUACUCAUUUCGGAAGAUCAUAGCAUUUCGCUCCUUCCAAGUGUUGUAGACCAUUACCUGGAGUAUAAGCUUCAGAACGGAGCAGGAAGCGGACUGAGAGGCCUGACUUCGCUGUUGAAUGAUGGUGAUGGCUGUGUUUAUGUCGCAAGGAGGUGCAGUAAGGAGGCGUCCACAGAAUCUGAGCCACACGGACAAUGGAAGAACAGAUGCUGAUGUGAUUCGGUUGCAGCAUCGCAUAAAACACAAGCAUCUGGCACUUGCAUUCCCCAAGAGAUGAGCCUAUCCUUAGUUGGAAGUCUUUGGUUAAUCGCCAGCCACAUGAUGAAGGAACAUCUUGGGAUCUGCUCCUUAAACCAGACCGCAUUUGAUAUAUCUAUGGAUGGAGGCAGAAGCUGGGUGGAAGGCUUCUAGAACACAGAAACCAGGAAAGCAUUACGUACAUCUCUGAACACAACUCCAGUGCUGUUUGAAGCCACCAUUGAUGUCUCCCAGGUCAUCGCCAAAGCGGUGGAUUCGGCGGCCAUUGUUCAGCCGGAAAACGUAGAGUCAGUGUGGAACCUAAGAAGGGUGCUCAACACUUCGUGGCACCGUGUCCUGCUCCAUCUAGGCCACACUCUUAACUUGUAGACCAAGUUACCACCGCUUUGUAUGUCCUUUUUCGACCUUGUUUUUUCGCUUUCAAAAAAAAAACACUCCUUUUAUUAAAAAAAAAUGUAUCCACCUGUGAUUACUCUUUUAGCUUUUGGUCGUCGUUUGGUGCAUUAUUUUUGUAUACCACUGUUUUACAGAUUUUGAUGCAUUAUUAUUAUUGUUAUAAUAAAUGUGCAUGGAAUCAUAUGGUUGAGCACA